UUUAAUGUCCGAACUAAGAGACAAAUGGCAUUUCGUCGAGACGUCGGUCAAGCGAAUUAUCGGCCCUGAUCUUUCCUACCACGAGAUCGUCGUGUUACUCGAUGGACUAGCAGGACGAUACCUGCAACCUUACGACGCUCGUAUCAUGGACAUCCUGAGGGUGAAUUACGGUGGCAGCCAGAACGAGGUCAAGAACGAAAAUGGACCCUUCUGGCAAACUGGGAAAAUGGCGUACCACUGUCCCAGAUGCAAUGCCGGCUAUACUUACAAGAAGACGCUGAAGACACACAUGAAGUACGACUGCGGCAAGGAGCCGAGGUUCAAGUGCCCUUACUGCAGCAAAAGGGACAAGUGCUCGUCGAAUAUUUACAAGCAUAUUAGAAUGCGACACAACGGAAAACCGGUGUACGUGGACAGAUUAGAGUCUUCUCGUUCUUCUACCUCUUCCUUUCGUGAUUCGUCGUCUGCCAUCGGGCAGUCGUCUUAACUUGUGGACUAAAUUAAGACAUUUUUGUGAUACAGGUGAUGCAAGUGGCUGUAAAAAUGAGAAAAGAAGAAAUGAGAAAGAGAUUUUGAUUUAUAAUACAUAUUUUAUAUAUAUAUUAUUGU